CCCACUUCUGCUAAGAGAACUUGAAACCCAACAACAUAUUUUGUGACGAACAAGCUAGCAUUUUUGUCUUAUGGCAUCUGAUUUUACUGUUUUUCCAUCAGUAUGUAAACCAAGGCUAUUAACUCCACGAUAGUUUUCUGUUCUACGCUCACCCUCCUUGAGCUUUACCUCGUUUAAGCCAAAACGGAUAAGAAAAUGGAUGUGUGACGGGCUCAAACAGAGAGAGGAGAAAGCAAGGAAGAGGCUUCCUAUCAUUUGCUGCAGCCCAGGACUGGGAGCUUAGGGAAGGAAAGCCUGCCAGCAUUCAAGUUGUGUCAUGAUGUCAGAGGCAGAGGAGACAGGAGCGCCGGGCACUGACGGAAACCAGCCAAAUGUCACAACAGGACACAUGUCUAGUAGUAUUCAACAGGUAGAAGCGUCUGUUUCUUCCCCUGUGGCCCCCGUACAGCCCCCUCCCACCACGGCAACAGAGGAUGAGGAUGAGAGUGAAGAUGAGUCGGAAAUCCUGGAGGAGAGUCCAUGUGGCCGCUGGCAGAAACGCAGAGAAGAGGUGAACCAGCGUAAUGUCCCAGGGAUCGAUGCUGCCUACUUGGCGAUGGACACAGAGGAAGGGGUAGAGGUAGUGUGGAAUGAAGUCAUGAUCUCAGAGAGGAAGAACUUCAAGCUGCUGGAGGAGAAAGUGAAAGCAGUAUUUGAUAACCUGAUCCAUUUGGAACAUGCUAAUAUCGUCAAGUUUCACAAGUACUGGGCCGACACCAAGGAGAACCGGGCCAGGGUGAUUUUCAUAACUGAAUAUAUGUCAUCAGGAAGCUUGAAGCAGUUUCUAAAGAAGACAAAGAAGAAUCAUAAAGCCAUGAAUGAAAAGGCUUGGAAGAGAUGGUGCACUCAGAUCCUGUCUGCUCUCAGUUACCUCCACUCAUGUGACCCUCCCAUCCUCCAUGGCAACCUGACCUGUGACACCGUCUUCAUCCAACACAACGGGCUCAUCAAGAUCGGAUCAGUUGCUCCAGACACCAUCAACAACCACGUGAAGACGUGUGUUGAGGAACAGAAGAACUUGCACUUCUAUGCCCCAGAAUAUGGAGCUGUUGAUGAUAUCACCACGGCAGUGGACAUCUACUCGUUUGGCAUGUGUGCCUUAGAGCCGUUGAUGUAUCACCCGUCUGAAUCUCUGUUGGCAUUGGUGUCCAGAGACAUGAUUCCUGAAAAUGCCCUGGAGGAGAUUACCAAGAACCUGGACCCUAACCUGGUCAUCGCCGAGAAGAAAGAAGACAUUCAGCUCAAGCUUUCCCAGUUUCCUGCUUUGGAGCUUGAUAAAUUCCUGGAGGAUGUGAGAAACGGUAUUUAUCCGAUGACGGCGUUCGGGGUGCCCUCUCCUCAUCAGCCUCAACGGGAGACAGUUAAAUCUCCCGUUGUCAUCCCCUUGGUCAAAUCCCCCACCCCUGAACCUACAGAAUUCGAGACACGGCGGGUCAUUCAUAUGCAGUGUAACGUUGAGUCUGUCGAGGAGGGAGCAAAGUAUCAUCUAACACUGCUGCUGAAACUGGAUGAUAAACUGAAUAGACAUCUAAGCUGUGACAUGUUACCUCAUGAGAAUGUUCAGGAGAUGGCUGAAGAGUUGGUGCAGCUGGGCUUAAUCAGUGAGGUGGACCAAAACAAAAUAGCCUCUCUACUAGAAGAAUCAUUCAGCCAAGCUCUUCAAUAGCAACAAUUUCCUCAACGAAAUUCCUGUCUUCUCAUUAGUACACUCUCUUAACCCUGUUGCAUCUUCUCUUUGGUUACUCAACAUGGUGAUUAUAUUUAGUAGGGUUUUUUGUAUUUUUUUUCUUCUUCUAAGCCUUGGGUGAAAAAUGUGACCAAAAGGGUGGGUUGUGUUCCUUUUGCAUCAGGGAAUUUAAAUUCCUUAAAGCACAGAAAACCUUUACCAUACUGUCAAGCAAAUUUUAGAGUCCAGGUGACUCCAAAGAAGACACCUGAACUGAAUUCACAUUUUACCUGUAAAAGUUAAGAACCAUUUAAAUCUAUGUGUGGAUUUAUUCUGAAUGUGUUAGCUUUUACAUUGGCUGUUAAAUUAAAAAGGUGAACCUCAUUAAUGCUGCAAAAGACACUUCAUCACGCCAGUACUGACUAGAUUACUUACAGCUUUAAAUUUAAAACCACUUUCCUCAAGCCGCAGAUGUAUUUUAUUGUGAGGUGUUUACAUAGCGAAUUGCCUGUUUGUGUUAGGAUGAGACGGUCUAAAGCGCCCUCAAGUCUAAUUCAGACUUUCACUAGAGUCACUCCACCUUUCACUACUGUUGUACCUAUAAACUUUAAUGAUCUCAAACAUAUAGUUAUCCUAGAGAUAAAAACAUAUUUUGCUAAGUAGGCCAAGCUGUUCUUCCUCCUCAUUUCAUGUGAAUCCCCCUCUCAUUUUGCUCCCUUUUUUUUUGCCUUAUGAUUUAUGAACAUUCCCUGCUCUUUGACUUUUGUGUUGUGUUUUUUCACCAACAUGUCACUUAUCAGGUUAAAUAUAUUUAAGAGUUUGAAAACUGGAUGUGCAGAGAUGCAACCUUUUCAGAUAACUUAAUAAUUGACCUAUACCCAUGAUAAACGUUUUUUAAAAGCCUUUGAUACAGAACAUAUUGUAUAUGCGCACAGCUGGAUAUUACAUUUUGGGUGGGCAUCAUGAUGCCAGGUCUCUGGAUUAUGGUUACUUUGAGGUACUGUGAACUCAGUGUUACUGAAUUUUCUGUUAGUGUUUGUUUUUAUAUUUUGCUCUACUGUUUGCCUUAUGCUGGGCCUACGCACAUGCCUUAAAGUCCUCUUUUCUCUGUUUGUUUUUAUUAUUUUAUUCAUCAUUUUACCAUUUGCUGCUUGUUGGGUUCACACAUGCUACUCUGCCUGUAAAAUUCAUUCAUGUGAGACUUGUGUACUGAACUCGGCUGCCAUAUGCUGUAAAAAAGAGGACCCCGCCUUUUCCUGAUACAUACUAUGUGAGAGCGUCAUGAUUUAUUUAUGUUACAGACACUGUAUAGCAUGUCUUUUUUCUUAUUCCUUUUUGUUUACUGUGAUUAACACAGAGACCACAUUAGUCUGAGCCAAUGUACACUUCUCUUUUUUUCUAUCGCUUGAUUGAUUUCAUUUUAUCACCAUUUGGUUAAUCUGGGACUAAGUGGGUCGACCUUGUCCUUCACAGAGUGCAGUGGCUCCUUAACGUGAAAACAAAAGUGUACAUACAUGUCAUGUUGAGACUUGUAUUUGGAUCAGGAGUUGCCUGUGGCCUUCUGUGACAUUUUGGCUCAGAACUCUUUGUGGUCUACAGGUACUUUUAGUGUCUCAAAGCCCAUACAAUUCAGGACCUUAAACAGCAGUAAGAAUGCAAAUUUAAUAUAACUAUCUCAAAGAAACGAUACUAAAAGAUGCUAAAACGUACAAUUGAGAAUACAUUUUACCAGUUGAAUUGAAUGCUUCUGUAUUAACUUUCAGUCAGAGCUUUCCUCUGUUGCUGAGCUAAAGUGUUAAAUUAGUCACUUCACCAAUUAGAUUAUAUUAAUCCAUUGAUCUCCACUCAAUGUUGCUUUUUUAAAAACAUUUAUUUGGGCUGGAAAUUGUUCUCAAAUCUGCAUUUUUACUAUACAAACGUGUGUGGUUCAUCUUAAUGCAUUGUUUACUUUAGUUGUUCCUCUAUUUGAAUGUGUAUCUGUGAACUGCUAAGAUUGUAUAUUCCAAAGAUAUGUUUUAAAGUCAGCCAGUAGAAUGUAAAUGCAUUGCUUCUUUUACAGAGAAGUGAUAAAAACCAACCAAUGUGAUCACCAGACCAGCUUUAUGAAUCUCUUCCUCCACCUCUCUCUUUCUCAUCCCUCUCUCUAUCUCUCUCUCUCUCUCUCUCUCUCUCUCUUUCCCACCCAAAUGAAUGGUGGUGUUGAAACUGGUUAUUAAAUAAUCGCACAGGGUGGGCAGCUUUAGCCUGUCACUCAAGGAUGUGAGCUUUUGGUUAUAUUUGUAUAUCCCUCUAUUUUGUAUAUGACAUAAGCGUCAGUAAAUGUGUUUGUGUCCUUUCUGAGAUGUGUAUCCUGACAAUGUGUUAUUUCAAAUAAAUGUGUGAAAUGCUCAA